AUAAAAAAAGUGAUUUUUUUUUUCAAAUGAGUUAUAGAUCCGACUAUAUAUUAAGAAAUGUCAUGAACUGGCGUACAUUUAGUGAUCCCGUCUUUGAUUCGUUUCAAAGACGUAGCAAAACAGGAAUUGAAACUGUUUCUCCUGCUUGAGAAACGAUAAAUACUUUAGGCCUAAAAUUUGUUAUAAAAAUUAAAUUAACCACAGAUGUGUUUGUUUUUAAACCACAUUCCUAGUAAGUUGUCCAUUUUGGUUUCGAAAUCAGUGGUGUGUAAAAAUAGAAUUUCACAACCAUCUUUCUCUUUCGUGUCAGAAAACUUUUCAGGACGCACGAGAGAAGCCAUGCAUAGCAGUAUAUGCGAACUAAUUUCUAGUUCUGCGUCAAGCAGCUGAGUCUGUAAAGCACGAAACCUUAUUAGUUAAAAAAGUCAGAUGAGACAUUAUAACAAGAUUAGUCACAGUAGUAAUGAAAAUACAACUUUAUAAACUGCAUUAAUUAUGGAAUCUUUUUGAUUCAGGCUACAAAUUUCUUAGUGAAGAAAGAAGAGAAACAUUACAGUUGUGGAAACAAAACAAAAACGGCCCCUUAAUCGCUUAUACGUGUGCUUGUAAGAAAGAACGUGCCUGAUUUUCCUUCACUAAGAUCUUUGGUAUCAUUAGCGGAAGUGGCUACUUUAAUAAUUAGCGGAAGCGGACCCACUUCAGAACUUCGAAGCACUUAGAAAAGUGGCCCAAUUCCUGAUUUGGCACCCAAGUUGGGAGUUUGUUCUUGUCAGUUGACGCGUAGUAAACUUUUUUUUCUCGUAUAUCUUAUGAAAGAUAAGUUCAUUGCGGAGGUCCGGGAUGCUUGAAUACUUGACGAAAAGAAAACCUCUUGAGAUUGAAGAGCUUCAAAAGCCAAAUGUUCGUAUGAAAGAUCCAGAUAAAGUUGAAGACAUUGUGUGUCAGUUGAUCAAUGGGAGAGCAUCAAAAUUACAGGUGAUCUCAGACUUUGAUCAUACUAUCACCCGUAUUCAUUAUCAACAAAAGCCAUGUAGCAGUACUUAUAGUAUUCUUGAUUCUAGUCCAUACAUUCGUGAGGAGUGCCGAAAAAAGGCUAAAGAUCUACACAGUAAGUAUUAUCCAAUUGAAAUAGAUCCGACCAUCAGUAUUGAGGACAAGAUUCCAAAAAUGGUAGAAUGGUAUACACAAGCUCACCAUGUUGUGGGUACAAGUGGAGUAAAAAAAAGUGAUUUUACCAAAAUGGUGGAAAGCUCUGACGUCAUGUUGAGGAGUGGUUGUGAGCUAUUAUUUGACACCUUAAACACAAAUGGGAUCCCCUUGUUGAUCUUCUCAGCUGGUCUCGGGGACCUUGUAAAAGAGGUCCUAACACAUUUUGGUACUCUUUAUCCAAACAUGAAAUUUGUUGGAAACUUCAUGGAUUUUGAUGAGGAGGGCAACACUAUUGGUUUUAAAGGAGAAGUAAUUCACAUGUUCAACAAAAACCAGUCUUCCAUUCACAAUAGUGAGUACUUUAACCAAUUGAAACAUCGUAACAACAUUAUUCUGAUGGGAGAUUCUCUCGGGGACCUCCAGAUGGCUGAUGGGGUUCCACAACCUGUAAACGUGCUUCGUAUUGGAUUCCUGAACCAUAAGGUUGAAGAGAGUCUUCCCAAGUACCUCGAUGGUUAUGAUAUUGUCUUAGUUGAUGAUCAGUCAAUGAACCUUGUGAAUGGAUUAUUACAGAGAAUUUUUAUACCAUUGACUGUAAGAAAACCUCAGAAGUUGUUUAUUUGUGAUAGUCUGGUUAUGACUUGUGGCUGAAACAAAAAGUAGGAGUUAUGUGUAAAGGAACAAAGUUAAAUGUAACUGUGUAUUAGUAAAAGAAAGGUGCCUGAAAAAUUUAAGACAAUAAUAAUUUUGCUGUUGUAUUACUCUCUAGAUAAACAUAUAUCUCUGAUCAAUGCAUCUAUUAUUUAGGAUUAAGUCUGUUUUAUAACUCUCUCUAGCAUUAAUGGUAUUUCUUUUAUAUAUAUAUAUUUCAUAUGUUAAUUUGCUUUAUGAAAUUUUUUGUAAGUUAACUUUGGCUAUGAUAUUGAAUUUCAAAGUUGAUGUUUUUGUUGCUUUAAAGUUGUAAUGCAACUUAUGCGAUUAUUUUCUCAGAGCCAAUAAAUUGUUUUUCAAUGGUUAACACACGUGUUUUUGUGUAGUUAGUUUUAUUAAACGACUGAAAAUACCCUUUUAUUUUGGAAUGAACUAUUACAAUAGUUAUAAUUUGAUCAGUUUGAAGUUUUGUAAAAUGGUACAGUUCACCAUAUUUGAAAGGUAACCUUUCAUUCAAUGUAUGUACUGGGAAAAAGCAUAAAAAUUGUAAAAUUUUUAUAUAAAACAUUUGUCCAGAAAUGUUGGGAUAUUAAGUUGCCCAAGGGUUUAGAGUCUUUACGUUACCGUGGUGUACAAUCAAAGCAUGCACUGCAUUACCAAUUAUAAAACCAGAAAUGUAGCAAUAACACUGUACAACAGUAUGUACUCUUAUAUUUCGUCUUUUGUUUUUUUUUUUACAUUUUUGAGUAAUGUGUACAUUAAUUGAUUGAUUAGGUUCUCACUACAUGACCUAACCGCACGUCACUACCCAACACUAUCAUCCAACACCCUAAUCAGUGUUUUCCUAAAAGCAUUUGUUUCGUGUGUAGUUUUUCUUCUUGUCUUUUAUCAAAAUGGCUGAAUAUUUUAAAGCACAUGAUAUAAACUAUAUACACUAGUAUUUUAGUUACAGAUCACAAAGUGUAUGUACUUUAACACAUAAUAUAAAAAACUGUAAACUACAGGUUGAAAUGAGCAGAAAUAUAAAAAUCGACACCAAUGUGUUGAUAAAUAGACCAAUAUGAAAGCUUGACAAUUAUGGCGUUAAUUUUUGAGUUCCUUGUACCUGAAUCACAGCACAUUUUAAGGCCAGACAGCUAAAGUCUUGGAGGUUCAAAGAUGUUUAUUAAUCAUUAUAUUGUUACGUCUCUGUAUGUGUGUUU